AUGUUGAAUAUUCUUAUUUUUCUUUGCUUCGUUGGUGGAGCUUUUGCUCAAUCUUCUAACAAUGGACCUUGUGUCGAAAUCCCUUGCGAAAAUAUUGAUAAUGAAAAGCUUGUGGGGCGUUGGCGCGAUGUUUUGAGGAGUAAAACUGUUUCGGACGAGGAAAUGAAAUGUCUGGAAGUGAAUUUUACGUUAACUGCUCCGGGAAAAUUUAAAAUUAUUUACUCGGCACGAUCUAAAGAAGAUAACGAAUACUAUUCAGUAUGGGGCAAGGGUCAGAUAGGUGGAAAUUUUUUUAACACAACGAAUCAUCUGCCUGUUUUCGGACUGUAUCCAGUAGGUGCUUAUGUUGUGGAGUCUGAUUAUAACAGUUAUUUAGUACUCUACGGCUGUAAAUGUGAAGCAUCUACAUGUACCAGUUACGGUUGGUUCAAGGUUCGAAAAUUGAACGACACACUUGAUUUUAAUUAUUACAACGAAAUAUUUCAAAAUGCUCUAAGAAAAAAAAAUAUCCCUCAUUUGGAAAUGGAAGCUGUUGACACUACAGAUUGCCCAUAA